GCUACCACAUCAUCUUGUUUUCCCCGGGUUGUUUUAGCACAUUCCACUCGAAAAAUCGGUAUUUCGUGGCGCUGUGGGCGCAGCCACUCUGCUGGAAACACAAGAAAUUUGUUUUAAACAAAACAAAAUGAGUCAAUACAGCCACGUUAAGUAUACGCAGUCGCCGACGCCGUCGGUAGUCUCUGGCUACUCGAGCGCCUCGCGGCUCCACUCGCCCCUCCCCCCGCCCGCCAACCAUCGGAGGGACUGCCUCUCGGCGACCACGAAGAGCUACAAAUACCUGCGACGUCUGCUCAAGUUCAAUCAAAUGGACUUCGAGUUUGCCCUGUGGCAGAUGAUCUACCUGUUUGUGGCGCCCCAGAAGGUGUACCGGAACUUCAACUACCGGAAACAGACCAAGUCACAGUUCGCCCGCGACGAUCCGGCGUUCCUGGUGCUCCUGGUGGUCUGCCUAUGUGUCACCUCUCUGGGCUUUGCGUACGUGCUUGGUCUCUCCUUCUGGCAGAGCAUUUCCUUCAUCUUCUACGUAGUAUUCGUUGACUGCAUUUUCGUGGGCAUCAUAAUUGCCUCCUUCUUCUGGGCGGUGACGAAUCGGUAUCUGCGGACAAAUAGUCUCGAGCCGGAUAUCGAGUGGGGAUAUGCCUUUGAUGUACAUCUGAACGCCUUUUUUCCGCCCCUUAUGCUGUUGCACUUUAUCCAGCUAUUCUUCUACAACUGGCUGAUCAGCCAGACGUGGUUUAUCUCAAGGUUCUUGGGUAACACCUUCUGGCUGCUGGCUAUGAGCUACUAUGUGUACAUCACCUUUUUGGGCUACAAUUGCAUCCCCCAUUUAAAGAACACCCGCAUUAUACUCAUUGCCCUGCCCAUCAUCUUCCUUCUGUUUCUGGUCGUCACCAUUAUUGGCUGGAACGCCACGAUAUCUUUCGUCAACUUCUACAAGUAUCGCGUUUAUUAAUCAUGUAACGUGCGAUGUAAAUUAUUCUGCGUUUAGCUGCUAAGCACUAUACUACAAUUAUGACUAAUAAAAUAAUUAAUUUAGCGUUACCCAAGUCAAA